GUACGAGGUGUUUCCCGAGACGGACUUUGGCGGCAUUGCUGGUGGUAGUGGUGGUGGUAAUACUGCUGCUGCUGCUGCUGCUGCUGCCGGUCAGGCGGAGACGGACAGGGCAACUUCAAUGGCAGCAGCACCUCCUGUCGUGGAUCUGAACACGACGCCGGGACUUCUGCGGUGGACGGAUUUUCCUGACCCCUUGCGGGACACGCCGGUCACGCAGCGCAAGAAGGUCGAGAUACCCGAAUGUCGGAAUCUGUUGCUCACGAUGGCGGAUAACAAUCACAGCUUCCGCGGCGAGAUGAUCCAAGAAUCCUACACCUUUGUCCGGGGCAGCGUAGAGUUCGUCUUCACGCGAUACUACCACCUCCCGGACGCGGCGAUGCGCUCCUUGUCCACGGCGUCGUCCGCUGCCCCGGGCCACCCGUCACCCACGCCCCAACCACACCAACAGCAACCACAGGGCCCGGCGCCGACUCUCCCGCCUUGGGACGACCUGCGGCCCGUGGACCCGGCACAGAAGUGGAUCCUGAGCGUGCGCCUGAGCGUGGUCGAGGACAACCAGCCGGACAAGAUGCAGAAAGCCACCGACGAGCUGAUGGGCGUGCGGGCCGAGAUGGAGCGGCUGUUUGACUUCCGGGUCGUGGACAGGAGGGUGUUUGACACGCGGAUGGCGGCGCUGCCGGUCGGGCAUGGGAUCAGGGUUCCAUGAUGCCCUUGGUCGUGCGCGGACGGGAAGAAGCAGGUGACACGGGGGGGGCCGAACCUAGCAAAGCCCACGAGAUGCAAUAUACUGCCUUGGAGGAGAGAAAGCAAACACGAUGGGCUGAUGGUCAAAUCGUCCAGACUGAUUUAGCAAGGGGUGCAGGUGUUUCGCAGAAACUCGCGAGUCGAACAGGCACGGUACCUGCGAAUGAACAGCCUGCUGUCUGCUCAGACCAGAAUGUAAAUGUUCCCCCUCAAGAAUGCCGGGCCUCUGCUUCUGGCUUCCAUAAUUUUAUUCUGAAAGCUGUCAAGUUUAUGAAGUAUGAAACCUGAUCAUCCUCCGCCACUGCCGACAUAUGCAUUCAGACAUGUGGUCGGCGAAAUUGCGCCCGGUAUCCUCUCCUCUCUUCAGCUCGCUCAUC